AUGUCUUCACAAUUUGUCGGUCUCAUGGACCUUCCAGCGGUCCCAGUAUUCCACGGCAUUCAACUGUUCUCUAUAGCAUUCGUUGUCCUCGCUUUCACGAGCAGGCUUUUCUUCAGAGGACGUACACUGGGAAAGGCACUUCCCACACCAGGAGGUCUUCCAUGGGCAGGUCCUGUCUGGGCUGUAGAAGCCUCCAACAUCUACACAACCUUCAAGGCUUGGUCCGAGAAGUUCGGCAAAUUGUAUGAAGUCAAACUCUUUGGACAGAACCUCAUCAUCAUAUCCGACCCUGCUAUCGCUAAAGAAAUCCUCGCCAAAAAGGCAAAGACUGUUUCCGAUCGCCCAGCCCUUGCCUUGGUCAAAGGUUCCAAGGAUUCUGGCAAAUACCUUCCUUUCCUCGGCAAUAACGACCACUUGACAAGGCAACGAAGGUUCGGCGUACUCAUCAACAACUAUACUCAUCAAGCGAACUAUCAUGGAAGAAUGCUGCCAGAGGCUACGCGGUUUGCACAUCAACUUCUAACCAAAUCGGAUUCACCUUUCAUGCUUGUCGACCAGGUAUGCGGACGUCUAUCUUGUCGAAUGGCAUUCGGUACUCCAGCACCUCGAGCAGCUAUCUCCCGCUCAGCCCAUAACUUCAUGCAAAACCUCUCCCCAGGUGGUCAGAUUACCAACGUCUUGACCUUCCUACGACAUCUCCCAUCCUGGAUCAACAGUGAUAAGCACAACGAGAGCAUGCGGGUCGAUAUCGAGGACCGUGUCUGGUAUGGCUCAUACGAUAAAGCAAAGGCGGCGUACGAGAACGGCACGCUCAGAGCUUCCUAUGCCAAGUACUACUUCGAUCAACGUGAGAAGACUGGCCUCAGCGAGCAUGAAGCUCUACACGGCAUCGCAAUGAUGGCAACUGUCUCCAUCCUUACUUUGAUUGCUCCCCUUCAAAGAUGGAUCGUCGUUAUGGCUCAGCACCCCGAGUGGCAGGAGGCUGUUCAGAAAGAGCUUGACGAGGUUCUUCAUGGUCGCAUGGCAGACUAUGACGACAGCCCAAAGCUCCCAACACUCCGAGCCACCAUCCUCGAGUCAGUCAGGUGGGCAUCUCCAGUACCGACCGGAAUUCCUCACAGACUCGAGGAAGAUAUGGAGUACAACGGCUACCAUCUCAGCAAGAACUCCAAUGUCUUGGCCUGCGAUUGGUCUAUGUGCCGAUCUAAUGAAUACUACAAAGAUGCUGAGACUUUCAACCCAUCUCGGUACCUGGAUCCUGAUUCUCCAGCUUACAAGGAGCCUCUUACGGAGUUCCCCAAGCUACAAAACCAUUCAGUUUUCGGUUGGGGCAGGCGGACAUGCAUUGGCCAAGAUUAUGCCGCCAUUCAAAUGCUUGUCGUAUGUGCUGCUAUCAUGUACGCUUUCAACAUCUCUCCUCCAACUGAUCCAAAGACUGGUCAGAAGACGAAACUCAACUUGCAAGAGCUGCUGUCAACACCAAAUGUCAUUCCUAUCAUGGAGCCCAUUGACAUUGAUUUCACGCCUCGAUCAGAUGCUCAUGCACAAAGACUACAGGAAGCUUAUAGAAGCUCCCAGAUCCAAGAUGCUGAGCAGGAGGAGGACGAGUGCCUAUAA